CGGCAACACAAUGACUGGGUAAGAAGACACACCUCCUUACAGCUGAUCAAGUAGGCGUCUACAGAAAGAGAAGCACACGACAAGGCUGUCUGCGUCCACCACAGGCUACUCCGCCGCGAUGACUUCGUCCAACCCAUGGCCGGUCAGGAAGGUUGCGCUGUCGCCGCCAUCCCUCACGUCCCUCGCCGACGCCAUCGCUGCUGGCCUUGCGUCCAACUUCGCCGUCUCGUCUUGUACGGUGGCCACGCCUCCAGACCUGACGGCGGCGCCUUACCACCUCGCCGGACCUGGACUGACCGGGUCUCCUCGCAUCGUCGACGUGGGCGGGCCGCCGCACCUCUCGCCGACGCCCAACCUGGCUAAGCGCUACGACCUGGCCGCCAUCGCGCAGCAAGUCGACAUGUCUCCGUCCACGGGCUUCAUGCUCGGCGCGGGCGCUGGGCCCUUUUACGUCCUGGGGCAGAACUCGGAGCUCAUGCCUAACUUUGCGUACGGCACCGCCGCCGGCAGCCAGGGCGAGAGCUCGGUCCGCAACCGCACGCACUACGCCAAGAUCACCGCCGCGGACACGGUGUGCUGCGCCCCCGUCCCCCAGGGCAGCACGGGCUUCGCGUUCAUGUGCAACCUGUUCUGCUCCGACGGGGUGCCCGGCGCGUGCCUGCACGUCAAGGCGCGGUCGCGCACAGGGCCCCUCAACCUGACCGCGACGAUCCAGCGCGCCCUCACCGCCGCGUUCGGGGAGGACACGCUGGUCUCGCUGGGCGGCGUGUUCCUGAUCAAGCACGGCACCGCCAAGCUCCACGUCAUGCCCGACUUCCCGCCUCGGCCGUUCGGCUCCAGGGCCGACGUCGACCGCUGGCUGCGCUACUUUGACAUGUCCUUCGCGCCCGGACCCGACGGGGACGGGGACGGAGAGAGCGCCAGAAGCAGCCACCAGGAAGGCACUGCUACGGGCCCCCUGGUGUGUCUGAGCGUGCUGCACUCGGGCCACGACGGCGGGCUGGCGUUGAGGAUGGAGCACACGCACUGCUUCACCGUUUCUUCUCCCGGCGCGGAUGGGGGUGGGAGCUCAGGUGCCGACAGAGAGACCACCAAGGGCGGCCAUUAUCACUACGACCUGGACGAGACGAGGGAUGAGAUCGAUUACGAGGGCUGGUUCAAUGUCGCCGAGUUCCUGUACCGGAUCGACCAGCCUGGCAGUUGA